AUGUCCGCUCUUAACGCCACCUAUCCCACUUCCAACACCACGGUUUCCGCCGGAGGCGUUGCCGCUCUCUACCACCAGUGUGGCGGCAUCAACUGGACUGGUCCUACCGAGUGCGAGGCCGGCUCCUACUGCAAGGACCAAAACGAUUUCUACCACCAAUGUGUCGCCGUUGAGGGUGCCUACACCAACGCGACUGCUACAGGCUCAAAUGCGGACUACAUCAACACACUGCUCGCCUCCGGCCCCGCCUCAGCCCGGCCCACGACCCUUGUUACCAUCACCGCUUCCUCAUCCGCUGUCGCGACCCCCACCGGCACAGCGGAGGAUGAGGACGACUACUGCGAGGAUGAAGAAACCGGGACCGCCUCUGUGUCGUCCAGGCCCACCCCUUCCGCAGCUGCAGCCUCCGAUGAGGAUGACUACUGCGAGGAGGAGGAGACAGUGACGGUUUCGGUCUCAGCUAGACCUACUUCUACCGCGGCUGCAGCCUCCGAGGAUGAUGACUACUGUGAGGAUGAGCAGUAG